AUGCAUUCCAUAAACCUGAAAAUAUGCUUAAGAUGGCGAAGCCAUUCUUCAAUAGCCAGUGGAUCGGGGCUGUCUUCAAACAUAGAAUCUGCAGUAGAGAAGGGCUGCAUUUCGAAUGACAUAAAGGAUCAACAUGGAGGAUUCUUAGAGUGGAACUCUAAGAUCACAAAGAAAGAUCAUCAAUCCAUUGUUAAGAUUAUAAUAGAUGGAUGGAACCCUAAUGCAAUUGAUAUCGAGGGAAACAAAUUGCCAACACUGGUAUACUUAUCCCGAGAAAAAAGACCGGGAUGGGCACACGACUUCAAGGCUGGAUCCAUGAAUGCACUGACACGAGUGUCGUCAAAGAUCACCAAUGCACCAAUCAUCCUUAAUUUGGAUUGUGAUAUGUAUGCUAAUGAUCCGGAUGCGAUAAGAGAUGCACUGUGCUUCUUUAUGGAUGAAGAGAGAGGACAUCAGACAUCCUAUGUGCAAUAUCCUCAACGCUAUGAUAAUAUAACCAAGAAUGAUAUUUAUUCCAAUGUAGCAUUUGCAACAAAUAAGAUUGUAAAGUCUCUAAAAUUUCCGUUUAUGAAGAUCGAGCUUGCUGGUAUUGAUGGUUUUGGCGGAACUCUAUACUGUGGCACUGGAUGUUUCCACAGAAGAGAGAGUCUCUGUGGAAAUAAGUAUUCUAAGGAUCACAAAUUUGAAUUGCACAAUGAAAAAUCUAACACAAAGGGUAAAACAGUUCAAGAAUUGGAGGAAGAAUGUAAGCCUCUAGCAAAUUGCAACUAUGAGAAGGGUACUCAAUGGGGAAAAGAGAUGGGACUGGUGUACGGGUGCCCCGUGGAGGAUAUAGUGACAGGCUUAACAAUCCAAUGUAGAGGAUGGAAACCGGUUUUCUACAAUCCAACUAAACAUGCCUUCCUAGGCAUUGCUCCAACAACGUUAGAUGUAGCACUCAUUCAGUUCAAGAGAUGGGCUGAAGGCUUGUUUCAGAUUUUCUUUUCCAAGUACUGCCCCUUCAUAUAUGGACAUGGGAAAAUAAACUUGGGUGCCCAAAUGGGAUACUGCGUCUAUCUUUUAUGGGCUCCGGUUUCAUUGCCCACAAUGUAUUAUGUGAUCAUUCCUGCUCUUGGCUUGCUCCAUAAUGUGCCCUUAUUCCCAGAGGUAUCUAGCUUAUGGUUCCUACCGUUUGCAUAUGUGUUUGCUGCAAAAACGAUUUACAGCCUAGUCGAAGACCUAAUUUGUGGCGAUACGUUGAAGGGAUGGUGGAACUUGCAAAGAAUGUGGAUCAUUAGGAGGACAACUUCUUACCUUUUCGCCUUCAUAGAUACAGUUAUUUGGCAAUUAGGCUUCGCUCAGACAUCAUUUUCCGUCACUGCAAAGGUGGUUGAUGAUGAUGUGCUAAAGAGAUAUCAGCAGGAAAUCAUGGAGUUUGGAACUUCGUCUAUAAUGUUUACAAUUAUAGCAACAAUCGCACUGCUAAACCUUUUCAGCUUGGGAUGGGCAAUCAAGAAUGUUGUUUUUGGUACAACAUUGAUGGAUUUGGAAAAGUUCAUUCCACAAAUGACUAUUUCUGGGCUGCUGGUCUUGCUUAAUAUACCAGUUUAUCAAGCCUUCUUUCGAAAUGACAAGGGAUGCCUACCUUCCUCGAUUGUGUUCAAGUCCAUUGUCGUAGCAUCACUUGCAUGUUUGAUGCCUAUUUACUGAAUAAUCAUGCUACGUUUACAUCUUUCUUUACAUCAUCCUUUACUUGUCACGUGAUAACACAUUAUUAGACAGUUUAAAAAAAUAAGCAAUUUGAUUUGCUGAAAGCAUGAUGUAAAACUAGCUUAGAUCAAAUGAAGUACUGCUAAAAAGAUGAUGUAAAAGUACCCAUCAAGGAAAUAAUUGGGAGGUUGAGAAUUCUCUCUGAA